AUGAUAUUCAUGGCACAAAUUCAGUUUCCUAGUCACAUGUCACUUGCAUCUAUGGUUAUGGUUAUUUUGUUUACAACUACUUCUCCAAUAUUUGCUACGAAGGAUUGCAAUUUUCCUGCCAUCUUCAACUUUGGUGCUUCGAACUCGGAUACGGGUGGUAUGGCGGCCGCCUUUGGACCACCAGGAUUACCAUAUGGAAUCACUUAUUUUAAUAGAUCAGCAGGAAGGUAUUCUGAUGGCCGAAUCAUUCUUGAUUUUAUAGCACAGAACUUUGGACUUCCAUAUAUCAGUCCCUAUCUUGAUUCUCUAGGGUCAAACUUCACACAUGGCGCAAACUUUGCAACAUUUGCAUCAACAGUCGAUAUUCCUACUAGUAUUAUGCCUCUGGGAAAACUUAGUCCCUUUUGCUUGGCAGUUCAAUGCACUCAGUUCAAAUAUUUUAUACUCAAUACAAAACUCAUUAGAGAUCAAGGAGGUGUAUUUUCAACGUUGGUCCCUAAAGAAGAUUAUUUUUCAAAAGCCUUAUACACAUUUGAUAUUGGUCAAAAUGAUCUUACUGCUGGUUUUCUUGGUAAUACAAGCAUACAACAAGUCAAUGCUACUAUACCUAAUGUAGUAGACAAAUUCAUAGAGAAUAUCAAAAACAUAUACAACUUAGGGGCUAGGUCAUUUUGGAUACACAACACAGGACCAAUUGGAUGUCUUCCCAUAAUUUUAGCUAGUUUUCCAACCUCUAUAAAAGAUGGAUAUGGCUGUGCAAAGAUAUACAAUGAAGUGUCUCAAUAUUUCAAUUUAAAGUUGAAGGAAGCUUUAGCUCAACUCCGUUCUGAUCUCCCUCUGGCUGCAAUCACAUAUGUAGAUACUUACUCUCCUAAGUAUUCUCUUUUUCAGAAUCCAAAAAAAUAUGGAUUUGAGUUUCCACUUAUGGCAUGUUGUGGUAAUGGAGGAAAGUACAACUAUAAUAGUCGUGGUAACUGUGGACAAGUCACAAGUGGUACACAAAAAGUUGUAGGUUCAUGUUUAAGCCCAAAUACUAGAAUCGUAUGGGAUGGUAUCCAUUACACAGAGGCAGCUAACAAAAUUGUCUUUGAUCAAAUCUCUACUGGAGCUUUUACAGAUCCUCCAAUUCCCCUUAAUAUGACAUGUCAAAAAAAUUCCACGUAA